GGAUCACGCAUUUACAGAAUUUCCGUACCGUGUGUUUGCCUUGUGUUUUAUUGUAAUUCCCCAUUGGGCAACGAAUUUUCGCGACUCAGCUGCUUAACACUUACAGCUUAUCACAAUAAUUACGGGAAAUUAUGCGACAGGCAGAGAGUAAUAAGCGAAUUUCUAUUAAUUAGCUCAAGACAGACCCAAUUACAGACUGAUAAAAUUGGAACAACCAAUAUAGAAUAUACGCCAUGCAUCUGACAAGAACUACAAUAAUUGCUAAUUUCAAUAUACACAGACUUAAUUAUGCCAAAGUUUUAUAAUUCAUUCGAAGAGUGUCUUGGUAUUGGAGGCGACAGCAAAAAAGUCUGCCUGCAGAUUGGAGCACCAGGUGCCCAUUCUAUGCGAAAUGUUGCGAAAAUGAUGAAGGAAGCCACGAUAAAACAUUUUGACGAAUCAAACCCAAGAAAUGAAGAAAUAUUACAAUAUGGUUGCUGUUCUGGAAAUUAUGAACUGAAGCAAGAAUUGGCAAAAUAUCUCUCGGAAAGUUAUAGAAAUCCCGUGAAAAGUGAAGAUAUAUUUGUCCAUAACGGAGCAAGCCAAGGAUUGUCGAACCUUUUGUAUUAUUAUUUUCAAAGAGGAGAAACGUUAUUUGUCGAGGAUCCGUCAUACUGGAAUCUAAUAUGUGAUUUGAAGAACAAAAACACGAUGUUUUCUACGAAAACCAUCGGUAUUGGAAUGGACGUAAAUGGAUUAAAUUUGGAUGAAUUGGAAAACCACUUGAAAGAUAUGAAAGGACCGGAACCUAACGAUAGAUAUCCCUACCGUGCAGCUUUAUAUUUAAUUCCUGUUUACCAGAAUCCCACUGGAUAUGUCUAUUCAGAUGAAAGAUGCAAAGAAAUAAUCAAACUGGCAAGGAAAUAUGAUUUGAUGGUUAUUUCUGAUGACGUGUAUAAUCUUCUGACGUAUUCAUCCCCUGAUUGUGACGAUCCAAUUUUAGCAAAACCCCCCACAAGGUUGUUCUGGCAUGAUAAUAAAGACGAUGAGGAUUAUAAAGAAAGUGUGGUCACACUAUCCUCAUUUUCAAAGUUCUUGGCACCUGGUCUUCGUGUUGGUUGGUUCGAAAUGCCACGAAGAAUGUUUCGCAUUUUUGAAACAUACUUUCUCAGUGAUAGUGGAAGUGGAUGGAACGAAUAUACCAGUGGAAUACUUGCUUCAGCUUUUAAACUUGGACUAAUACAAGAUCACGUCAAAAAGACCAGAGUUCAUUAUCGGAAGCUCAUUCACGAGUUGAAUAAACUGAUCACUGAUCGUUUAUCUGCUUUUGGCGUAACUUGCAAUUAUCCAACUGGAGGGGAAUUUUUAUGGAUUGCUUUGCCACGGCAUUUGUCAGCCGAUGUUCUACUCGAAAAAUGUAAAGAAGAAAUUACAUUCAUACCUGGAAGCAGAUGUUCAAUAUCGCAAUCGCAUCUCAAUUAUCUUCGAGUCUGCUACGCUUUUUACGAUGAUGACGUUCUAAUUCCAGCAGUUGGAAAAUUGUGCGACUACAUCAAGAAAUACAUCAAAGAAUCCGAAUGAUUUCGUCUAUCGGGCCUCAGACAUUAUUCAAAUAAUUCAGUAAAUCAGAAACUCCAAGAUGAGACGAAUUCAUAGAUUAUAUGAUUAAAUUUAUUUUUAAUUAAGAUGGGCCAGUUAUUGACGUAGAACCUGUUUAAUAAUAAUUCAAUAGGCAAUAAUUCUGAAUAGUAUAUUUUGACUGACGUUAAUACAUUUUAUUGCAACAAAAUCAAUGAGUUAUCGAAAAUAUUAAAAUAUAUUCAUUUUAUUUGAUUUUCAAUCGUUAAAUUUUGAGUGGGAACUUGGGUAGCGUUGCUUUUAACCAACAGAACGUCAUGUAUAAAAAUAUGGCGCCUAAAUUUUGUUUGUUAAUUUUAUUGAAAUCCUCGGAAUAGAAAUGGGACGAUUUUCGAUUCUAUUACAUUCUA